UAUUUCUGAGUGACGGGGAUUUUGCAUUGUAUCGGUUAUAAUAUAAAUUACUUCGAGUUGAUGUGUUUAAAACUGAUCAAUAAGUCGUUGGCCUAACAUCGAUCAACAAUAAAUAAAUAUCUGAGCACUAUCGGAAUUACCUGCAUUGUUGUUUCCAUCGAGUGUUAUACUCGUCGACGGACGGUGAUGUCAUCAGGCGAUCGCGACUUUUAUAGGAGCAGGUGUGUACUUUCACAGUGAACGAUCAGACGACCGUUUGGUGGCGAUUUCGGUAAACGGUACGGAUGUGCGGCUGUCUGUAUUUGGCAUUUGCUAUACUUGCCUUUGGACACCGCUCGCCGUUCGAGUGCUAGCAUUUGAGACGGUGGCUGCCAAGAGCCAUUGGAACUUCAUGAGAGUCGUGCUGAUUGCUUGCGGACAUAUGGUGAUGGUUUGCGGACAUCGGGACACCACCCACCAAAAAUAAUACGUAUUGGUGUAAAAGUAUUUCUUGAAUUUUGAUUUAUACUCGUAUUAUUUACAUUUUUGGAAAAAACGCCAUUAAAACUAUUACUGCAGUUAUGUUAGAUUCAAGUAUUUAUCUUUAACUAAGAUGGCAAUAAGCAGCUUAUGUUUUCAAAAUGGUUAUGAACGCUUAGAGUUUAAAUAGUGUAUACACGUAUAUGCCUAAUAAACAUUUAGUACAAUCUACGUUUUGAAUUAUCACGUUACAUAUUUACAUUUUUAAAGUAAGAAUAAUAUUAUUCUGGCAAAGUCGACGUUUUGAUGUGACUAUAUAGCAAAUCACAUCGUGGAUUAACACAACACACAUACUAUAUAAUUGUGUAAUCUAUUAAUUUUUUGGUAUAUGAGGUCAAAAUACGAUUUGAUAAUAAAUGGAAAAGAUUAUCAAAACUAUUGUUGCGGUAAACAAUGCACUAAAAUAUAAAUUAAAAGAAAAUAAUCAUCCCAAUAUAUAUUGAAAUAUAGGAUUGGAAUCGGGUAGAGGGGAGAAGUGUGACGCUGCAGGUCUUUUAAAAAUCACAGAAAGCCCAUCAAUGCACGUAUACGCAUUGCCGUCGUGUCGUACUCGUUCAGUACGUCGAAAAUAUACUUUGACGAGCAUACGCCUUGUACCAGCUAUAACUCAAACCUCAUGACAUAAUAUUGUAAUAAUACACAAAUAUACAGAAUUGGACGGUUUUCAAUCGGACCGACUCGGUUCAAAACGAUAUUUGCAAACAAAUAGUUAAAACAAAUCAUGACCCGCAGACCACGGUGGUGUGGACUCGCGGCCAUUUUUCUGCUGACGGCGGCCAUUUCGAGUCGGCCGCGGCCGGCGGACGCGGCCCGGGUGCUGGCGUUCGAGACGGUGGCCGCCAAGAGCCACUGGAACUUCAUGAGAGCCGUGCUGCGCGCCCUGGCCGACCGCGGCCACCCGGUGAAGGUUUAUACGCCGUUCCCGGACCUCGGGACGCCGGCCACCGACAACUACACGGAGGUGAAAACGUCCGCGGAGUACCGGAUCGACGGCGCGAACGGUUUCGCGACAGCCGUCGACUUGGACGCCUCCGUGGUGGUGCCGCUGUUCGCCCGGCCGUCGUUCAUGGUGCCGUUCAUCGUCCACUUCAGCCGUUCGACGUGCGACUACAUGGACCGGGUACUGUCGCGGGACGUCGGCGCCUACGACCUGUUCGUCACGGAACCGCUGAGCAGCGAGUGCGUGUCGCACGCGGCCCGAUGGCUGGGCGUCCCGCUCGUCUACGUCGUGCCCGCGCCCCUGCUGCCCUGGAUCGAAACGGGCGCGUUCGGCCACUACUCCAAUCCGGCGGUCGCCACUCACCUGUUCGCCGCGUACGCCGUGCCCGACACGUUGUACCGGCGGUUGCACAGCGCGGCCCUGCACCUGUACACCGUCUGCGGGAACUACUGGUACACGGCCGCCGUGGAACGUCGGCCCUACGACCUCGCGCCGCCCGUCAGACCUGCCCUGGUGUUCGUCAACACGCACCACGUUACCGAACCGCCCGGACCUGUGCCGGCCAACCGCGUGGACGUCGGCGGCAUUCAUUUGACCGAACCCCGACCGCUACCGGCCGAUAUUUUAAAAUUUAUCGAGGAAUCACAAAACGGAGUUAUUUACUUUUCAUUUGGCACCGUAGUCGCCCUAUCAUCAUUACCGGACCAUAUUCAAAAUGCUUUCAAAGAUGCAUUAGCUGAAGUUCCUCAAAGAGUACUGUUGAAGUUCGAAGGAGAAAUGAAGGAUAAACCAAAAAACGUGAUGACAAGCAAAUGGUUACCCCAACGAGAUAUACUGAAGCAUCCAAAUGUAAAGUUAUUUAUCGGCCAUGGAGGUAUAUCGGGAGUCUACGAAGCUGUGGACGCUGGAGUCCCAAUUCUAGGAUUCCCUUUGUUCUAUGACCAACCAAGAAACAUGGCAAAUUUGGUCGAUGCAGGUAUGGCGUUGUCAUUGGAUUUGUUUUCAGUAACCAAAAAUACACUUUUAAAAGCUAUCAAUGAAAUUAUCAACAAUGAAACGUAUUCAAAAAAUGCUAAAAUUGUUUCUGACAGAUUUAAAGAUCGACCUAUGUCGCCGACCGAAUCAGUUGUUUACUGGACCGAAUACGUCAUUCGUUAUAAAAAUGCACCGCAUUUGAAAUCUCAUGCAUUCAAUUUAACAUGGUAUCAAUAUUUUUUACUGGACGUUAUAGCAGUUGUAUUUUUAAUAAUUUUAUUUGUUUCUUAUAUUACAUUGAAAACGUUGCGGUUGGUAAAUAAAAUUAUUUUUAAACCGUUAUCAAAAUCGAAAUUAAAACCAGAUUAAUUUUAAGGGAAGUUUGUGCUUAAGAAUAUAACAUAUUUUUUAAAUAAGUUAAUAAACACCAAUUAUUUUUAAUA